AUUAAAAGGCUCACCGCGUUAAGUAAAGCAGGCAGUGUUAAACCGGUCACAACAGAAAUUGUAAUUGGCUCAAUGGGAAGCUGGGUCAAGUGAAUCCGGAAUAAUAUAAACAGUUCUAAGUAAUAGAAUUGAUCUGGGUACUGAAGCAGUUUACAUCUGAAGAGAGUCGUUCGUUUCGUGAUUGUGGAACCUGAACGAAAGCGCCAUGAAUUUCGAGGAAUUCCGCGCAAGGGGCAAAGAAAUGGUGGAUUUUAUUACAGAUUACCUGAAAUCUGUCGAAGAGCGUCCAGUCUACCCAGCGGUGCAGCCCGGGUACCUUCGGCCGCUCAUCCCAGACAGCGCUCCCCAGGACCCCGACAGUUACGAGGAAAUAAUGAAGGAUGUCGAGAGAGUCAUCAUGCCGGGGAUCACCCACUGGCAAAGUCCUCAUUUUCAUGCCUAUUUUCCUGCUAUCAUCUCCUUUCCUGGUCUCCUGGGCGAUAUGCUGUCUGGAGCCAUUGGCUGCGUCGGCUUUUCCUGGGUUGCAAGCCCUGCGUGUACGGAAUUGGAGACGGUGAUGCUUGACUGGCUGGGGAAGAUGCUGAACCUGCCUGACGAGUUUCUAGUUGGGACUGGGAAUGAAGGUGGUGGAGUGAUACAGAGCACAGCCAGUGAAAGUACACUGGUGGCACUUCUUGCGGCUAAAAGGAAGAUGGUUACACUAUUUCGGUCAAAUAAUUCUGAUAUGGCGGAAAACAUGAUCAUGUCUAACCUGGUGGCCUACACAUCAGAUCAGUCUCACUCUUCUGUUGAACGAGCAGCAUUGAUUGGUGGGGUCAAAAUGAGAAAACUUCCAACUGAUGAGAAAUUCAGCCUUCGUGGGGAGACACUGAGACAAGCUCUCGAAGAAGAUAAAGCUUUAGAUCUCAUCCCUUUCUUUCUUUGUGCAACACUUGGUACCACUCCCUCCUGUUCAUUUGACAACAUUAUGGAGCUAGGACCAAUCUGUAAUUCUGAAAAUAUCUGGCUGCACAUCGAUGCAGCUUAUGCAGGAAGUGCUUUCAUCUGUCCAGAAUUCAGACCUCUUUUAAAUGGAGUGGAGUUUUCCAAUUCUUUCAACUUUAAUCCUCACAAGUGGCUUUUGGUGAAUUUUGAUUGCUCAACUAUGUGGGUGAGGAAAAGAUCAGAAAUUAUUGAAGCUUUUAAAAUGGAUCCUCUUUACCUGAAACAUGAUCAUCAGGACUCUGGACUCAUCACUGAUUAUAGGCACUGGCAGAUUCCUCUAGGGCGCAGAUUCCGUUCUCUGAAAUUGUGGUUUGUGUUCAGAUUGUAUGGAGUAAAAGGACUUCAAGAACAUAUUCGCAAGCACGUGAACCUUGCACAUGAGUUUGAGAGGUUGGUACGUCAAGAUGAACGAUUUGAGAUUGUUGGAGAUGUGGUACUGGGACUGGUGUGCUUCAGAAUAAAGGGCACAAAUGAUUUAAAUGAAAAACUCUUAAAAGAGAUAAAUGAUGCAAGGAAGAUUUAUAUUGUGCCAUGUCAACUUCGAGACAAGUUUGUCCUCCGUUUUGUCAUAUGUGGACGUACAGUUGAAAGUAAACAUGUCCACUAUGCGUGGCAAAUCAUAAGUCAGACUGCUGCAAAUCUUCAAAUUGGCACUCAAUAAUACAUAAAAUCCACAAUACAUCUUACAUUGUAAAACAAUUGUGUUAAAUGAGCAUGCUUCACUUUUUUUUAAUUACCUUGUGCUGAUCAGAAAUUACUGCAGGACAAUACUCUUUAUGAACUAAGUCUAAAACAUUUGAAUAAUUAUUCUCUCUGUUUAGUUUAAAUUUUAUUUUACUAUUUAAUGGUAUGUUUAACAAAUAAUAAUUUAAAAAAAACUGAUAUUUAAGAACAAGGGGUCACAGUUUAAGGAUAAAGGGGAAGCCUUUUUGGGACCGAGAUGAGGAAAAACUUCUUCACACAGAGAGUGGUGUAUCUGUGGAAUUCUCUGCCCCAGGAAACAGCUGAGGCUGGUUCAUUGGCUAUAUUUAAGAGGAAGUUAGAUAUGGCCCUUGUUGCUAAAGGGAUCAGGGGGUAUGGAGAGAAAGCAGGUACAGAUUUCUGAGUUGGAUGAUCAGCCAUUUACCUUCCUACCAGUGACUUGACCUUCAAAUUAAUCUUUAAGGAAUCCUACAAAAGAACUCUCAAGUCCCUUUACACCUCUUAUUUUUGAAUUCUCUCCCCAUUUAAAAAAUAGUCUACACCUUUAUUCCUUCUAUCAAAGUGCAUGACCAUACACUUCCCUACAUUAUAUUCCAUCUGCCUAAGUCCUUUUGCUGGCUCCCUGCCCCUCCACCUAUCUUCAUUUUCGCCAUCGAUUCCAUCAUCCAAAUCAUUGAUGUAUAACGUGAAAAGAAGUGGUCCCAACACCAACCGCUGCAGAACACCAGUAGUUACCAGCAGCAAACAAAUAACCCCCUUUAUUCUGACUCUCUUCCUCCUGCCAGUAAGCCAAUCUUCUAUCCAUGCCAAUGUUUCCAUUAAUACCAAGGACACUUGUUAAAGCAGCCUCAUGUGUGGUAUAUUAACAAAGGCCUUCUGAAAAUCCAAGUAAAUAAUACCCACUGACUCUCCUUCAUCUAUCCUGCCUCAGAGCUAUUUCCUCAAAGAAUUCCAACAGAUAUGUCAGGCAAGAUUUCCCCUUAAGGAAACCAUGCUGACUUUGGCCUAUUUUAUCAUUAGCCUCAAAAAACCUAAUCUGUAAUAUGGACUCUAACAUCUUCCCAACCAUUGGUCAGGCUAACUGCCCUAUAAUUUCCUUUCUUCUGCCUCCAAUGACACUUGCGAUUUUGAAGACCUCUGGAAUCAUUCCAGAACCUAGUGAUUCUUGAAAGAUUAUUACUAAUGCAUAAUUAUUCCAGCUACUUCAGAACCCGGGGGGUGUAGUCCAUCUGGUCCAGGUGCCUGACCUACCUUAUGGGCUCAGCUUCCCAAGCAUCUGCACCCUAGUAAUAGCAACUGCGCUCAUUUCUGCACCCAACACUCUUGAAUUUCUGGCAUACUGCUCAAGUCUUCCAAAGUGAAAGUUUAUACAAAAUACUAUUAAGUUCACCCAUUUCUUUGUCUCCCAUUACUACUUCUCUAGUAUUCCUAUCCAGCAGUUUGAUAUCCACUCUCACCUCUCUUUUAUUCUUUAUAUAUUUGGGAAAAUCUUUGGUACCCUCUUUCAUAUUAUUGGCUGGCUUACCUUCAUAUUUUAUCUUUUCUCUCAUUGUAGUAUUAGUUGCCUUCUGUUGGGUUUUAAAAGCUUCCCAAUCCUUAACUCUCACUAAUUUGUGCUAUUUUAUAUGCCCUCUUUUUUGCUUUUAUGUUGUCUUUGACUUCACUUAUCAACCUCAGCUACCUCAUCCUUUUAGAAUAAUCAUCUUCGGGAUGUGUUUAUUCUGAACCAACCAAAUUACCCCCAGAAAUUCCAGCCAUUGCUGUUCUAUCAUCAUCCCUGCUGGUGUUCCCUUUCAAUCAACUUGGCCAUCUCCUCGCCCAUGCCUAUGUAAUUCCCUUUACUGCACUGUAAUACUGAUACAUCUGACGUUGGCUUCUCCCCCUCAAACUACAAGGUGAUUUUUAUCAUAUUAUGAUCACUGUCUUCUAAGAGUUCCUUUACCUAAAGCUCCCCAAUCGAAUCUGUUUCAUUGCACACACACAAUCCAGAAUUGCAUUUCGGGUAGUGAGCUCAACCACAAACUGCUUUAAAACACCCUUUCGUAGGCAUUCUUCAAAUUCCCUCUCUUGGGAUCCAGCAACACCCUGAUAUUCCCAAUCUACCUGAAAAUUGAAAUCCCUCAUGAGUAUGAUAAUGUGACACUUUUUUACGUGCCUUUUGUAUUUCCCAAAGUAUUUUAUAUCUUACAUCCUGGUUACUGUUCAGAGGCCUGUAUAUAACUUCCAUCAAUGUCUUUUCACCCUAGCAAUUUCUUAACUCUACACACAAGGAUUCUACAUCUUCCUAUCCUGUUACCUCUUUCUAAGGAUUUGAUUUCAAUUUUACCAACAGAGCCAUCCCACUUGCUCCACCUACUUGUCCGUUCGAUGCAAUAUUAAGAUUUAUUUUUGGAUGUUAAGCUCCCAACUAUGAACUUCUUUCAGGCAUGACUCAGUGAUGCCCAAAACAUCAUAUCCACCAAUCUCUAAAUGCACUACAAUAUCAUCUACCUUAUUCCAUAUACUGUAUGCAUCUUCAGUCCUGUAUUCAUCACCUGUUUCAAUUUUGCCUCCAAGUUACUUUUCAACUCAUCCCACUGGCAGCAAUUUUGCCCUAUAAUCUGCCUGUUUUUCUUCACAGGACACUGCAAUUAGUUGUAUACUAAUUAGCUAGUCCUCAGCCUUAUCACUCUGGUUCCCACCCCCCUGCUAAAUUAGUUUAAACCCACUCUAAUAGCUUUAGCAACCUGCUAGCAAGGACAUUUGUGUCCACUCUCUCCCUCCCCCAAAGGUUCAGGUGUAACCUGUCAUUUUUGGAUAGGCAAUAAAUGUCAAGAACAUGAGAUGAAAAGUUCUUGAAAGUGAGCCCCUAGAUUAUGUGAACAGUUCAGUGAUGUGAUGAGUGAAGUUAUCCCCUCUGGUCUUGAGGCUCCUGUACCUCCUUCCUGAAUGCAGCAGUGAGAAGAGAGCUGGCCUGGAUGGUGGGGAUCCUUGAUGAUGGUUACUGCUUUCCUGUGAUAGCACUCUAAGUAGAUGUGCUCACUGGUGGGGAGUGCUUUUCCUGUGAUGGACUGGGCUGCACCCACUACUUUUUAGGAUUUUCUGUUGAAGGGCAUUGGUGUUUCCAUACCAGGAUGUGAUGCAAGCAGUCCAUAUACUCUCCACUGUACAUCUAUAAAAGUACGUCAAAGUUUUGGAACUACACUUAUGUGCGGGAUCAGGACAGAUCCUCUGAAAUGAUAGCACUAAGUUAAAGUUCCUGACCCACUCUGAUGAGGACUCACUGAUGGACCUCUGGUUUGCUCCUCCAGUAGUCAAUAAUCGGCUCCUUGGUGUUGCUGAUGCUGAGCGUGAGCUUGUUGCAGCACCACUCAGCCAGAUUUUCAAUCUCCCUCUUAUAUGCUGAUUCAUCACCACCUUUGAUUCGGUCAACUACAGCGAUGUUGACAGCCAACUUAAAUAUGGAUAACAAAGUGCUAUUGAAUACCUUCUUUGCAUUUUUAAAUAUUUAAGAUAUUUAUUAAUUGCAAUUGACUUGUAUUGUAAACUGAACAGUAUCAUAUAUGCACAGUGCAGUACAUGUGGGACAAUGCUUUUGUUGCAAACAAAAAUAAACAUUCUGCAAACUCUGAACUGAGCUUUGUAUGUUAUUUGUAUGUAGAACCUCCAGUUUAAUAUUAUGAUCAGAUUCUGUGGUGUUGUCUUCAUCAGAUCUACCGUACCGACUCAAAGGUAUUUUGAAAAGCAAUCCUGAUUAUUACUAGUCCAUUAUCAGCCGCUGUGUGAAGAGUUUCUUAGGCUCCAUUAAUUUGUUUUUUUUUCCAUUUUCAUGGGUGGAGGAUUCUAUCCAAGUAGCCUCCAACCUAAUGACAUGAUUGUGUGUUAAGAAAUAUUGAGUCAGUAACAGAAGCACAUAUUUGUUUUAAUUCAAAAUUUCUGGCAAUAAACAGCCUAAUAUCAACUUUCCUAAUUACUUGCUAUAAUCGCAUACCAAAAUAGACAGUCUUUUCACAUAUUCUCACAUAAAACAUCUUCCAGACUUUUCUCACUCAUUUAACUUACCUAUAUACCUUUGUUAUCUCCUGAUGUUCUUUCAACAACUUGGUAAGAUGAUGGAGUCCUUCAUUAAGGAUGUUGUUUUUGAGGUACUUGGAGGUUUAUGACAAAAACGCUAAAGUCAGCACGGUUUCCUAAAAGAAAAAUCUUGCUUGACAAAUCUGUUGGAAUUCUUUGAGGAAGUAACAGGAAGGAUAGACAAAGGAGUCUGUGGAUGUUGUUCACUUGGAUUUUCAUAAGGCCUUUGACAAAGUGCCACACUUGAGACAGCUAAACAAGAUAAGGGCCCGUAAUAUUACAGGAAAGAUACCAGAAUGGGUAUAGGAUUAACUGACUGGCAGAGGCAAAGACUAGGAAUAAACGGGGCCUUUUCUGGUUGGGUGCUGGUGACUUGCGGUGUUCCACAGGGUUCAGUGUUGGGACAGCUUCUUUUCCUAUUAUAUGUUAAUAGUUUGGAAUUUAUGGGUUUGUAGAGUGACAGGUAGUGUUGAGGAAACAGGGAGUCUUCAGAAGGACGAUUAGAUUAGAUUAGAAGAUUAGAAGAGUGGCAGAGAAGUGGCAGAUGGAAUACAGUGUAGGUAAGUAUAUAGUCAUGCAUUUUCAUAGAAAAAAUAAAAGCACCGACUUUUCUAAAUAGGGAGUGAAUUCAGAUAUCAGAGGUACAAAUGGACUUCGGAGUCCUAGUGUGGUAUUCCCUAAAGUUUAACUUAUAGAAUGAACUGGUAGAAAGGAAAGCAAUUACAAUGUUAGCAUUCGUUUUGAGAAGAAGACUAGAAUAUAAAAGCAAGGAUGCAAUCCUUAAAAUUUAUACAGCUACAUUUGGAGUAUUGUGAGUAUUGUGGGCUCCAAAUCCAAGAAAGGAUGUGAUGGCAUUAAAGGAUGUCCGGAAGAGGUUUACAUGAAUGAUCCUAGGAAUAAAAGGGUUAAGGUAUGAUGAGUGUUUAAAUGGGUUUAGUUCUGCCACUUUAUCCAUGUUAUAUCUGCAAAAAGCUCCAAUGAAUAGGUCAGUUUCCCUCACACAAAACCGUAUUAACAAUGCCUAUUUUUUGCUAAAUUCUCAAAGAUUUCUUUAAUAGGUCCCAAUAUUUGUUAAGUAAACUGGCUUGUAGUUGCUUACAUAUUUGUUGUUUCCUAAUUUAAAAGAAUUGUAAGAAAUUUUAGAAUAUUAAAGCUAUGCAUCAAAUGUUAUCAGCCACAUGCAGUAAAGUUAACCAGAACAGGACGUUGUCAAUCCACAGCUCAACAAUUUGCUCAUUAACAAUUGCAAUUUUCUUAAUUUCUUCCUUCCCUUGCAGUUCGGAUUCCAAAUUAGAGAUAUUUCUGGAUUGUUAGUUGUAUCUGUUAUAAUGAAGACUGAUGUAUCUAUCAUUUGCUUGUUUUGCACUACUACUUUUGCAAAAGCACUUACCCAUGCACCAAUGCUCAUUCCAUAUUAUAUAUAAAAAUUUUUGUAUUUGACUAAAUGAUAUUUUUCUUUCAUUGUUAAUAUUCUAUUAAUUUGUACUUAAUUUUCUGAUCUGCCACAUAUUUGUGUAUUUAUAUUCUUUUUCUUUGGAAGCUCUUUCUUCAUGUCCACUAUUUCUCCGAGAAAACAACCAAGUGAAAUAAUUAUUAAAUAUUUCUGACUCUUUUCUGUUGUUAUCCGCAACAUUAUAUUGUUUAUUAAUGGCCUUACUUCUGUCCCAAUCUUUUUUUUUUUACAAUUGAUGGGUCUACGAAAUAUUUCACUCGUUUUAAGUUGAUUGGUAUUUAAUUUCUUAGUAAACACAAAGUACACUGCAGAUGCUGUGGUCAGAUCAACACGUACAAACAAGCUGGAUGAACUCAGCAGAUCAGGCAGCAUCCGUGGAAACGAAAAGUCAACGUUUUGGGCCAAGACGAAGUCAGUUCUGAUGAAGGGUCUCAGCCCGAAACAUUAACUGUUAAUUUCUUGGUACCUCUUAGCAUUCCUAUUUUAACUGUUAGAAUUCCUUCUUAUUUUCUUUUAUUACACAUUCCUUUGCUUUCUAUGUGCAUAGCCUCUCUCUGUAUCAUCUAUAGUUUCUUUAUAUUUUUAUUCAUGCCUGGAAUCCAAUAACCUUAGUGUUUUCUUCUGUCAGUGGAAUAUAUUUUUCAUGCACAGUAUUGAUCACCAUUCUAAAUGCUUCCCAUUGUUAUUGCAUAUGGCUGUUUGCCAAUAGCAUUUCCUAUUUUAUCUUACCAAGUUCAGUUCUUAUCACAAGUUCUUUUCUUCAAUCCGUAAUUUAUAACCUAAUUUGGAUCUGACAUGUUCUUUUCUAUUAUCAAUUUAAUAUAUUUAUAGACUCUAUUGCCAGAUUUUCCAAUAGAAACAAACAGAUUUUAUUCAAUGCUUAUAAUUAGCAUGGAGAAUGGGUUUAGGACCAUACAGAUUAAACAAAUCUUAAUGUGGGUCAGAACAAAAAGUUUGGGAGCCAGUGUUCUAACAAUAUAAAUCACAUUGACAUAAAGGAAACAAAACUAAAUUAGCAAAAUGAAUGAACAUUGCAUUAAGUAUUUCAAAAUAAUAAGUUUGCAUUAAUGUUUAUUUCUAAUUACAAUAAACAGAAUAUAUCAGUCCUUUAUUUAUACAAAAAUACCUGGACAGUUACAGUUAAGUUCACAAGCCUUUCAGCUAUUUACAUCAAGCAUAUUAUGAAUGCAGAUUUCCAUUUAAAAAGUUAAAACGUUCAAGCAUUCCCUGAAAAAAAAAGGAUUGCCACAUUCUUUUUCAGAAUCAUCAGUUCUGUAGUAAGUGAAACAUAAUUCAUGAUUAGCAAGUUCUAUCAGUUGAAAGGAGUGUUGAUUGGUCAAAUGAUUGAUUAUAUCUUCAUGCAGAAACAUAUUAAGGAACAGACCCAUACAAAUUGAAGCACAUAAGCUACUUACAUUUUGAUGGGUAAAUUAGUUUGCUGUUAAUUGUAGACAAAUAUAUCAAUGUGUAGGUUAAUAACCAAACAUAUUUGGUAUAUUCUUCUCAAGCCAAACACAAUAUGUUAUCUUGUAAUUUUUUUUCUUCCCAGACAAAGAAAAAAAAACAA